AUGGAUAUUGGUGGCCUGACAACAGUGGUAGCCAACUCAGCCUACAUUUCAGCCCGUGGGAGUUUUGAUGGCACAGCGAACCCGGCAUCCAACCGAGACAAGAAGUACCACUCCCGGCUGAAGCUGCCUCACAUCACGGUGUGCGAAGGCCUGCGUGAAACUUUAGACCUCGGCUUCAGGACGGUCUGUGUGGAGCAACCCAUUGGAAAACGGCUCUUUCAGGAGUUUCUAGACUCCAACAAUGAAUACAAAGGCACUUGCCGCCUGUGGAAGGAUAUCGAGGAAUACAACAUGGCUGAGGAUGAAGUUAGAGUCAAAAAAGCAAGCAAGAUCCUGUCCCGGUACAUGGAGCCAGAGGCCAAGUAUUUCUGCUCCUUCCUGCCUGAAAACGGCAUCACGAAGGUCAAAGAGAAACACCAAGAGGCAAGGGACGACCUCUUCAAUGAGACCAUGGACAGUGUGAUGAACUAUCUGAAGGAGAUGCCCUUUACUUUCUUCCUGGAGAGUAUGUAUCUGAAAAGGUUUCUGCAGUGGAAGUGGCUGGAGAUGCAGCCCACAGGAGAGGACUGGUUCUUGGAUUUUCGUGUCCUAGGGAAAGGCGGUUUUGGGGAAGUGUCUGCUUGUCAGAUGAAGGCCACGGGCAAACUGUACGCCUGCAAGAGGUUAAACAAGAAGAGGCUAAAGAAGAGGAAAGGCUAUGAGGGGGCGAUGGUUGAAAAGAGGGUCCUGGCAAGAGUCCACAGCAGGUUCAUCGUCUCUCUGGCUUAUGCCUUCCAGUCCAAAACAGAGCUGUGUCUGGUCAUGACCAUCAUGAACGGAGGAGACUUGAGGUAUCACAUUUACAAUGUAGAUGAAGACAAUCCUGGGUUAGAUGAGCCACGGGCGUGCUACUACGCCGCUCAGAUCAUCCAGGGUUUGGAGCACCUCCACCAGAAGAGAAUCAUCUACAGAGACCUGAAACCAGAGAACGUGCUGCUGGAUAAUCAAGGUAAUGUCCGUAUCUCUGACCUGGGCCUGGCUGUAGAGCUGGCUGAUGAUCAAGAGAAGAUAAAGGGCUACGCUGGGACUCCAGGUUUCAUGGCUCCAGAGCUGUUGAGAGGAGAAGAGUAUAACUUCUCUGUGGAUUAUUUUGCUCUGGGUGUCACUCUGUACGAGUUCAUGGCUGCUAAGGGACCCUUUAGGACCCGAGGAGAGAAAGUGGAGAACAAGGAGGUGAAGAAACGGAUACUGAACGAUCCUGUCUUCUAUCCAGAGAAGUUCAGUGACAACGCUCACUCCAUCUGUGAGGGUCUGCUGUUCAAAGAGGUCGACAAGAGAUUCGGAUUCAAGAACGGAUCUUGUGACGAGCUCAGAGAGCAUCCCUACUUCAGCCAGAUCAACUGGAGGAAACUCGAUGCAGGAAUCCUUCCUCCCCCCUUUGUGCCAGACUCCAAGACAGUUUAUGCCAAGGACAUCAAUGAUGUUGGGGCCUUUUCCACAGUUAAAGGUGUGCAACUAGAAGACAAGGACAGGCAAUUUUUUGAUGAGUUUGCCUCAGGGAACAUCUCCAUCCCUUGGCAGGAAGAGAUGAUCGAGACUGGGAUCUACAGUGAGCUCACAGUGUGGGAAUCAGGCGGGACUUUGCCCAGUGACCUACGACGUGAAUCCAUCCUGGAGCAGCCGGCCAAGUCAUCCACCUGCACGCUAUCCUAAGAG